AUGGGCAGCUUUAGCUCAAAAAAGCAGCACAUGUCCUCGACCGCUAGUGCUGCCAGCAGCGGUAAAGCGAGUGAUGUUCGUGCACAAAUCACAUCAAAGGAUAAGGCUGUUCUUGACCUAAAGAAUGCCCGCGAUCGUUUAAGAAAGUACCAGGCCCGACUAGACAUCGAAGCCAAUCAGUUGCAUGAUAGUGCCAAGAGACUGCUGCAAGCCGACAAGCGGGACCGCGCUAAAUUGGCGUUGAAGCUGAAGAAAUAUAAGGAACAGCAGAUGCACCAGGCGGACGAGCAUUUGAUCCAGGUGCUGGGUAUGCUGGAUACAGUGGAAUGGGAGACUCAACAGCUCCAAGUGUUUGAAGGGCUGAAAGCAAGUAAUUUAAUUCUAAACGCUAUUCAUAAGGAGAUGACGGUAGAAGCGGUCGAAGAGCUGAUGCUAGAGACAGCAGAAGCACAGGCCACAGCGAAUGAAAUUGGUAGGAUCAUUGGUGGUAACUUAUCUGUCGAGGACGAAGACGCUGUACUCAGCGAGCUCGCUGAGAUUGAAAAACUUGAGGCAGACGCACUUGCUGCAGCAAUGCCGGAAGCUCCCAUUUCUACAGACUUGUUGGCUAAUGUGAUCACUUCAGCACAAGCGGACGAUGGUGUCAAAACAAAGUCUCGCUCAACUAAAGCAAAGGAAGAAGCUGUAGCAAUUUUAGGAUGA